AUGUCCAACCGAAACCGCAGACUCGUAGACAUGCCCGACGACGGCACAGGGGAAACACAGGCGCUUGACCACCACCAAGCAAAUCUAGUUAUCCGAGGCUUCAAACGUUUGUACGUGCAUAAGUUUGAACGUGCUAAUAGGGUUCCUAUGAAGAUCAAGACGGAUAUUUCUAUCGACUAUCUGCGCUCGAAGAGAGACAUCCAUACUCGAUUGCACUCAAUUAUUCUACCUCAGCUAGACCAGGAAUUUCAAGCUAUCUCACAAGUUCUGUAUAACCUGGAUGAAUUCCGCAAAGAACCGGGCUCAAAACUCCAGCUGAUUCUAGACAUGCAACCCGAAAUUUCCCGGACCUUAGAUCAGCUCGUCUGCGCCAUUGAUGAACUCAUCCCCGGAAAUACACCUGCGCCAAGCCAAACUAACGACCAGCACUUCCAAGAGUUCAAAGGAUACAGAAUGUAUCGGCUGGAUGAAGCUAUCAGACAACGAUUGAGGCUCGACGUCUUGAAAUAUUUCAAUUAUUCCAAACAUAUCAUUCAAGAACUCGUGCUCCCGGCAAGGGGCUACCCAUAUAGCAUAUAUGACAUAUCUGCUGAUCUGAACCGUUCGAUCGAUCAAGCUAUUACAUGGUUAAAAGGAUCCGAAUUACAGAUUAUCUCGCAUCUUUGGGAGGAAGGAUUGAUAGACGGGUCAAGGAGGUUUGCACCAUUCGACGAGUAUUUCAGCCUGUUUCAUCCACCACAAGAGUCCAACCUGCUCUCUCCAACACCCGAAAUUACGAUCAGCAAGCUAGCAACACCGCUUGGCAAAUCGAUGAUCCCAAUCCUCAAACUAACGAAGCUGUUUUUCGACAAACUGGCAAGCAAGGGAAUGAAAGACGAACAAGCACCAUUAUUUACAGAGAUGUCUUCCGAUCAAUUGAAUUUCUUACAUGAUUCAGCGGAAGACGUUGGAGAAUUUGUUUCGAAUUUGAUGGAUAUACUUGGAGAUGCUGAUAUGGACUCACCAGACGACAUUAGCUCCCGCCUUGUUGACGAAAUCGAAAAGCUUUCAAAACUCUUUCAAGCUUAUGUACCUCUUGCGGCAUUUUAUUUAACUCCUUUAUUUCCUGACAUAGACGGGGUGUCUUCACAAACUUAUUUUAGAUCUUGGUUUACCACUUGGAACACUUUGUUCUUCACAGCUACUCAUAAUGCCAUCCAAGCUGCUCAUGCCUUUGAAGAAGAGAAUUGA